GAACAGUUUCAUUGCCAGGCGAACACAGACCGUGACACCAUGCUAUGGCUGAGGAGCUCCGCGCUGCUCAGAGAAUUCAUACAGCACCAGCAGCCCGGGAUGCGGAGGCUGAUACCGCCCGCUACCUUACCCUGCCGGGCGCUGCGCAGCCUGGCCGCCGCGGGGCCCCGGGAGCUGGCCGGGGUUGGAGGUGACGGCAGGGGAUGGUGGCGGCUGCCUCACACUCGGGUGACACAGGCCAGGCGCUUGUGCGUCAAGUCAGACGGGACCCCCGCAGAUGAAGGGAGCGGCGGCACGGAGCCCGGGGUCAGCAUUCCUCCUUCGGCCAAGGAAGACAAGAAGAACAAACAAGGACUCUUGCCUAGCCUGGAGGAUUUGCUCUUCUAUACAAUUGCUGAAGGACAAGAAAAAAUACCAGUUCACAAGUUCAUCACUGCAUUAAAGUCUACUGGACUGCGUACUUCAGACCCAAGACUGAAGGAAUGCAUGGACAUGUUAAGACUGUCUCUUCAAACCACAUCGGAUGGUGUCAUGUUAGAUAAAGAACUCUUCAAAAAGUGUGUCCAAAGCAAUAUAGUGCUACUCACACAGGCAUUUAGAAGAAAGUUUGUCAUUCCUGAUUUCAUGUCAUUCACCUCACACAUUGAUGAACUUUAUGAGAAUGCCCGGAAGUUAUCAGGAGGAAAGGUUGCAGAUUACAUUCCUCAGCUGUCUAAAUUUAGCCCGGAUUUAUGGGGUGUUUCAAUUUGCACUGUAGAUGGUCAAAGGCAUUCUGUGGGUGAUACCAAAGUACCAUUUUGUCUCCAGUCUUGUGUGAAACCCCUGAAGUAUGCCAUUGCUGUAAAUGAUCUUAGUACGGAGUACGUCCACAGAUAUGUUGGAAAAGAACCCAGUGGGUUACGUUUCAACAAGCUAUUUCUAAAUGAAGAUGAGAAACCCCAUAACCCAAUGGUGAAUGCUGGUGCUAUUGUUAUCACUUCUUUAAUAAAGCAAGGAUCAAGCAAUGCUGAAAAAUUUGACUAUGUGAUGCAGUUCCUUAACAAGAUGGCUGGAAAUGAAUAUGUUGGGUUUAGUAAUGCCACAUUUCAGUCUGAGAGAGAAAGUGGAGACCGCAAUUUUGCCAUUGGAUAUUACCUAAAAGAGAAAAAGUGUUUCCCUGAGCAUACAGAUAUGGUUGGAACAUUAGACUUUUAUUUCCAGUUGUGCUCCAUUGAAGUGACCUGCGAAUCUGCCAGUGUCAUGGCUGCAACAUUGGCCAAUGGUGGAUUCUGUCCAAUAACUGGCGAGCGGAUUCUCAGCCCAGAAGCUGUCAGAAACACAUUAAGCUUAAUGCACUCCUGUGGAAUGUAUGAUUUCUCAGGACAGUUUGCAUUUCACGUUGGCCUACCAUCUAAAUCUGGUGUGUCUGGUGGCAUCCUCCUGGUAGUUCCCAAUGUCAUGGGUAUAAUGUGUUGGUCUCCUCCACUGGACAAGCUGGGAAACAGUGUUCGCGGAAUUCAGUUCUGUCAGGAUUUGGUAUCGCUCUGCAAUUUUCACAACUAUGAUAACCUAAGGCACUUUGCAAAGAAACUUGAUCCCCGACGUGAAGGAGGCGAUCAGCGGAACCAGCUUUCGCAUGGACCAAUGGACUACGAACAACUGCAGCAGGAGCUUGCAUUAAAAGACACAGUUUGGAAAAAAGUGUCACCCGAAUCCACAGAGGACACGUCCACCACCGUAGUGUAUAGAAUGGAAGGCCUGGGAGACCGAAACUAAAGACAGUGGCUCUAGUUUCGUAUUGCUGUUUAUUGUAUGCUCAUACCUAAGGUUUCUUUAUGAAACUACUUGUAACAAGUAUUUAUUUUAUGUUUUCUGUCGGUCCAUAUGUCAGUGCUAGUCUCAAUGUGUAGCUAUGCUGUGCAGCCCAAACUAGGGUAAGCUUAUACACUCUUUAAGCUAUUGGUCAGUUGUUUUACUUGUAUGGUGUGCUUUUAAACACUAGAGUUCAGAAAUAAUUUGCGUAUAUAUGUUCUGUUCCUUAUUGACUUGCUCACUUUUUCCACAUGAUAGGCAUGUGUUUGUUACCAGCUGACUUGAAGGAAUGUACUUUAGAUCAUUUGAAGAACUGUGUUAACCAGCCUGUUUUAAGUGACCCUGCUAAAUAAGACCACAGCAGUAUUUUACUGCUCUAAAAGGCAGUGUAAACUUGUACAAGACUUCAAAGUAAGACCGUGUCAUACUGCGCUCUAGAGAAACAAACUAUGCAGACUUUGUCUUAUGGGUUGCUCUUGGUCUGUUUCUCCUUAAUUAUCUGCCGGCUAGAUGCUGGCAAACUAGGAAUUAUGGGAAUCUAAUUCAGUAGCAGGUAAAGGUCUGUUUUUCCAUUGCCAUCCUUCGUUCAGGAGCCAACAUGCAUUCUACUUGUUGAGAUUCCUAAAUUGAGAUUUUGCACAAAAUAAAUGCCCACAGUCUUUUGAAAGGGGCAGUAGGAUCACUAUAUAGAUUUCGGUGUUCAGUAAUACAUUUCAGGGUGUUCUCUAUACAUUUAGCAUUAAAGAAAUGUUAUUGCAGUAUAGUACAUCUUAUGUGAUAGACUAUUGGUAUUUGUUUCCAAUUGGGUGCACCAUAAGUGAACACACCCACUGUUGGCGAGGCUUGUUUUGCAGGAUUGUUGCUUUCAUACUGCUUCUUGAAAUUAUCUCUGCGUCGUUAGAGCAGCAUUGCUGAUCUGCUGGGUCUGUCUCCCCUCAGUUCUUUAGCUUUUAUUCCUGUUUUUGUUUGUUUUUUGAUCAGCAGGUUAGUAUGAAUGAGUAUGUGCUGUGUGACUAUAUUGAAUGGCCCAGAUCACAAACAAAUGCAUGACAUUUAGAGGUUAAAGUAUUGUCUUGGCAUUUGGGAACCUCCAAAUAUAAAAUAAACACAUCAUUUUAAAUGUGAUUAAUCCUUUUCAAACCCAAGUAAGUACUAAUAGAUUAUGAAAAGUGAUGCUACACUGUUAUUCUGAAGCCCCUCACCACAGAAUCUAUGGAUGCAAAAUGUUCUUAUUUUGACACAGCCAUUGGCUUUUAUCAUCCCAUGUAUAUUUAACAGGAUGAUGAGAGCAAUACAUGAGCUUCUUGGUUUUGUAGGCAACAUUUUGCAAUUUAACUACAUGUGCAUAAGCAAUGUAAUAUUAUCAGUCUGUCUGUGUUUAUAUUCCCUCAGAAAGUGUAAGUUGCUCUUGUAGGGUAAUAUCUUUGAUGGAGAGCCAGAGUACCGCUUGUAAAAGGGUUCUCCUGCUCUCCCUGCCACUUAAUUGUAAAUAUACACCCCUAUGCUGACAAAUGAUUGACAGGUGAUAGAGGGAUUACAUUUUGUAAUGGCUGGAAAAUAAAACACUAUCUAUAUAUUGUGCUAAACAUGGCUGUCCCUCUAUUUUGGCCUUGUUUUUGAUAUAAAGCUAUAUAGACCUCAAACAUUAUGGAAUGGCUACCACCAAAUAAUAAUCACUAUACACUAAUACCUUGAGUGCAGCCUUAUUCAAGUUAUUGUGAGAUAGCAGGAGGUUCCCUUACUGUGGCACCCAAGCAUACUUCUACUUACUAGUGAAACAUCAUAAUUUGAGUUUAUUACUGCUGUCAAAGUGUGGUCCAUUAAGGUUUAAGUCUGUAACUUUGCAACAGAAUAAUACAAACACAUGAUUAAUGUUAGAUUCACUAACAUCAGUAUUUUAUGCCAUCAUUAUUCUGCAGUCCUGUACAACUGACUAACAAAGCAUACAUGGAAAAAUUGGUGACUAAAAUGUUUUUGACAUACAAAGGCUCUGCGCAGUCAAGCAUCAUGAAAUAAGCCUGUGUAGUAACCAUUUUAGAAAACACGUGGUGGUUUAUUUAGUAAACUCCAAAAGAACUGGAAAUCAAACGGCAAUAGCAUAGCUGUGACUAUAGCUGUUUAGGAUUUGAUGUCUAUGUUUUGCCAUUUAAAAAAAAAAUUAAUUCGCUACAAUUUGUAGUUAGUGAAUGCGCUGCAAAAUAUUGCUAUGAAAGGACUGACUGUAUGAUUGGAGAAUUGUAUUAUAUUCCACAGAAUCUUCAUCAUUUUUAACAUUUUGUAGCUUAUCUGCUAUUCAUCUUUGCUACACAAUGCAACACCUUCACAAUUUUCUAUAAUCUCCUAUUAACUUGUGUACAAAGGUUGGCUGCAAGCGACCUACACCUUUAAUUGUAUUUUUUUUAAGUUCUGGGAAUUCUAUUUGCAUAUAGCUUACCUUGUAGUUUAUUUAUUACUUUAGAUUUAUGGAAAGGUCUUUAUUUCAUGAAAUUUACUCUCGUAUACUUACAGACAGACCCUGUCAGAUGAAAAACACAAAUAUAUCUGGUGCAGGUGGUUGCAGGUGUAUCUGCCUGCCAACAAUACUACACAACUAUCUGAAGCUAAACUAUCCUUCCACAUCUUACAGUUAAUUUCUUUUAUGGAUUUAAUAUUGCUCCUGUACUAGGUUAUUAUCACCAAGCGAGUGCAUGGUCAAGCCAUUCUCCUUUAUUUGUGUUGUUAUGGAGAAUAUAGCCACUUUGAGAUUUCAAUUACAUCUCAAAAGGAAAAAAUCGAGAUUCUAAUAAUUCAAAUUAAUGUCUUAAUAAAUUAGUUCUAUGAAAUGUAUAGGAGGGUUUGUCAGGAAAAUACCAAAUCUGAGAUUUCUCUUUUAUUGCUAGUAAUACAUUUACAGGCUGUUUGAAUGAGCACGAAUAAAUCCAAACGAUUUAUUCAUAUAUACAAUGUACACCGCUAUAAUGGAACAAAUACCAGAUUUAUUUUGUGUGUACUGUUCUAGAAAUUAAAGUUGUUGCACAACUGAAUUCAGUACAUGCACAUAUUAAUCCAUCUAUAUUCAAACAUUCUGCACUAAAUGUCAUGAAAAUUGUCUCUGUCUGUCCUUUUAGUGGGAAUAAGGAGUGUCUGGUGGAUGUAAUGUUGUAAAUAGUCUCAUGGUUACUUACAAUAAUUUGAAGUCACUGAAUGUAACUUGUAAAUAUAUUCAAGAGAACCUUUAAAGAACCAGACUGUUUAUGCUUUGCAGUCAAAAUUUAUUUACCCUUAUUUUCAAGAAUUUCACAUUUUGUUUUUCCCCUUGUUUCUUUCAUUUGUGUUUGUACAUUUUUAUUUGAAAUGUUAACCUUUAUAAAACUAGUGUGUUUUGUUUUUUCAUCAGUGUGUGUAAAUCCUCAGUGUGUGUAAAUGUAUAUAUCUAGAUAUCGGUUAAUAUAGGUCCCCGUCCCACAGUCUUUGCCCUCUACAUUAUUAAAGCAGUCCUACAAACACAUUUUUACUAUUUAUUUAGCAAAGUGUAUUUUUCUUUUAAGUUUACAAUGACAGAUUCUUGGUUUUAAUACAUUAUUUUAUUAUUGGAAUCUUUGUCAGUAAUAAUUCAACUUUGCAUUUUAGUAAGCCCCACAAGUUUGAAAUUGCAAACACUUUUUAACAGUUUGAAACAAGUCUUAAGUGCCUUGACAUUUUGAGUGAUGGAUAUAUAUAUAUGUUUACACACACUUUCAUUUCUAGCACACUGUAUCUCUGCAACAAUAUUUAUCUUUUUUGCAUUUCCAUGUAUUUUAUUUAUCC